AUGAUUCCUGCUAGUGUUAACGACCAAUCAGUGCAACCGAGAGUUUUCCGCACGUGCGUCUCAUUGGUUGAGAGCUCCAUGGAACUGACACCGCAGACGGCAGCACUUCCACCUGGACUAUCCAACGGAGCAGCACAUUCCAAUGUCUUCUCGUCGCCUGACUGCGCUCUGCUCCGGCUAAUAGAACAGCAUCCGUUGGUGGUGAGGGAGAUCCUUAGUGUCGCAACGCUGACCUUGAGAGCAACUGGCGGUCUCCCAUUGGCCGCGGCAAUAAAUGGUCUAUCGACUGCCGAGCAGCAAUCCCCAAGUGAGCUGCGAUCUGCGCCACAGUCGCAACUCCAGGCCCCAGGGCUUCCAGUUACUCCACUUCUCGAUCGUCAGUCACCCCCAGAUCGGCAAAAUCCACCAAUGAAAUUGCUCCCUCCGGAACCAGUGAAUCCGAUGGUUCAGGCAACAGCUGGGGCCUUGCAGCCCGCUUCACACAGUUCUUUUCCAAUUGAAAAAUUUCAGGUACAAUCUUUUCAAGAGCUAUACAAGACGAACGAUCACAUGCAGGUACGCCCUAUCAACAACGCCGGCAAAACCAAAGAGGACGAAGUUCCGGUUAAAAAGAAGGCGGCGACCCGUGAAACAACGUGUUUCCUCAAGAACUGGCUCUACGAACACCGAAAGAACCCCUAUCCCACGAAGGAGGAGAAGGUGAUGCUGGCAGCGGUGACGCGCAUGAACCUCACGCAGGUCUCCACGUGGUUCGCGAACGCCCGACGUCGGUUGAAGAAGGAGAAUCGAUUGACUUGGUGUGCCAAAAAUCGCAUAAUCACCCCGCCGCCCCUGCAGUCCACUUCGUACUGGACGGAGACGUCCGCGGGCUCUCCACGGUCUGAGGACUCGAGUAUCGCGCAUUCGCUGGCCUCGCAGGUGCAGUCCGCGUUGUGGACCCACGUAGUCAAGGAUAUCAAGGCAAGAAUGUGCGUGGAACCGACGUAUUCCCAUCAAAUUUCCACCUCUUCUCCUUCCCCACCUCCUCCUGCCCCACAGGCAGCGAAGAUCUGGUCUCUCGCGGAGUUGGUCAAAGAGCCGCCAACCAAUCACCCGUCGACCAGUCUUUUCAAUGCAUCUGGGGAAUAA